AUAGCUUAAUAACUUGAUAACUACUUUACAGAUGAAACGACUCACUGAUGUCCUUUUCGUCUUUGUUUCUCUCUGACAUAUUUCAGCCUGUCUUGGACUCCAGCCAUGCUCUCCUUUUCAAACCCACCCCUCCUCGGCCUGAGUCUCCUGCUCUUUCUGGUGCACCACUCCCCUGUUCUCUCCUUUGGGACUUGGACCAACGACCAGUGCCGUCAAGCUUCUUUUGUGCCGGGCCACAACCUGGUGGGGCAGGGCUACGAUGCGGUCACCCUGAAGCGAAGAGCCCACGUGAUCGACGUGACGACGUACCUGAACCCAAGUGGCUCCUGCAAUCUGUACAAGAACCCUCAUCAUGGCAACGUUCUGCAGAAAGUGCCCGUCUCUGCAGGGGAGUGGCGUGCAUUCAGCCACUGUAAUGUGCAAUAUGACCACACUGAACACAACUCUGUCAGCUCCCUGAUCAGGUACUACUCCAACGAAGGCAGUAAUGGUUGGCAGAAUGGCUUGAAUUCCCUACAGUACGACCUGAACUAUGUGGGAUCACGGUCCGAUCUGUAUAAGUUUGCUACAGCCAAGUACCAAGAGGACUACCGCUACUUCAGCAGUCACAGAGUCACCUGUAGCCAUUACAGCUACCGUUUGUCGGACAACCCGCGCAUCAGCCAUAAAUUCUACAAGGCUUUCGAGAGUCUUCCCUAUUCCUACAGCAGCUCCACCAAAACCCAUUACAGAAAUCUCAUCAAUACCUAUGGCACACAUUAUACGCGCCAGGUGCACUCCUGCUUGAAGCUGGGAAUCUCUGUUGGCCUUGGUCAUACUGCUGUAGCUCACAUCAAGACUUGCAACAAUAUCCUAUACAAUCAGGACGUCUCCACCACGUACUACCACGGUCUCCAGAACCACUACACACAGGUGGUAGGAGGAAAUGGUUGGUCGGGGGAGUUUUCUCUCAUCCGUGAAGACUCUCAGGGCUACAUCAAUUGGCUGAAGACCCUCACAUAUCACCCUGAUGUUGUGAAGUAUUCCCUGAGAUCACUGCACGAACUGGUGCCGGACUAUAAACGAAAGAUAGCCCUGAAGGCUGCUAUUCAAGAUUACCUGAGUGAAAACGCCAUCAGGCCCUCGAUCCAAGCAGGUUAUGGAAGCCAGAUCCUGAUUCCCUCAAAGUGCUGUAGUCAAAAGGUGGAGACACACCAGAGUUUGACGCUCCAGGUCUGGCACAAGGACUAUAGACAGGAUGUGCUUCUGGUGUCAUGUCCGUUCAAUGUGCUCCGGGGAUCACACACUCAGAAGUGUUCUAGUCUGAAAGGGAACGUCGAGUACAAGUACACUCUGACCUGCGACCAGUACUACACUGGAGACCAGUGCAACCAGUACAACAAACCAAUUAUUUAUGGGUGA